GCAGAUUCUUGCCCAACUCCAACGGGGGGCCUUCUUUUCUCCAAACAAUCGCCAGCCCUGCUCUAUAUAUAUAUUACAAAUCCAACUCAAAUUUCCAUACAUAGAAGUCUUUGGAAUUUUCUUUUCAUCUUCUUCUUCGGGUUCCAGUUAUGGAGUGUAGGUCUUUGGAUCUUGUAAUCAAGUCCGCGAGGGACUUGAAGGAUGUCAAUUUUUUCUCCAAGAUGGAUGUCUACGCCGUCGUCAAGAUCGACGGUGACCACAACAUCAAAUCCUCCAAGCACAAGACACCCACUGACAAAGAUUGUGGGACAAGCCCGAAAUGGAAUUUCCCUGUCCAGUUCACCUUAGACGACGCCGCUGCCGAGCAGAACCGCCUCACCCUCGUCGUCAAGAUCAAGUCCGAUCGAAGCUUGGGCGACAAAGAGAUCGGCGAAGUCAACGUCCCUAUUAAGGAACUCUUGGACGGUUUCAGAGACGCCAAGGAAGCGAAACACGUGAGUUAUAGUGUCACCACUCCGUCCGGGAAGGUGAAGGGCACGCUGGAUUUGUCGUACAAGUUCGGGGAAAAGUUUACCGCCCCUGAGCAGUAUAAGAACAAGCAGGCGGAACUGGCGCCUGCGUACCCGGCUGGAUAUGCGGCGGGAUCUAGUGUGGCCGCAGCAUAUCCUCCGCCAGGAGCAUACCCUCCUCCUGCGUAUGCGCAGCCGCCGCCGCCAGGUGGUUACCCACCUCCAGCAGGUGGCUACCCACCACCGCAACCAGGAGCAUAUCCACCGGCGGGGCCGGGAUAUGGAGGGUACCCACCUGGGGGAUACCCGCAGUAUCCACAGUACCCACCGCCGGGUGGAUACCCACAGCAGGCUGGGUACGGGUACGGCGGGUACGGGGCACCGGUGCAGCAGCCACAGAAGUCGAAGAUGGGUGGAGCUGGGGGGAUGGCGUUGGGAGUUGGAGCCGGAUUGCUGGGUGGGUUGGUUAUUGGAGAUAUGAUAUCAGAUGCUUCCGAUGCCGGCUUUGACGACGGCGGCUUUGAUUUCUAGUUGUUAUUUUCUUUUCUGUUUUUUUUUUUUUUUUGGUAAUUUAAAUUUUGUUCUUCAAUUUCGUUUCAGAUAUAUAAUGGAUUUCUGGGUAUAUGUAAAUGGGAAGUAUGAUGAGUAUGACUGCGUGAGAAUUUCUUGUCAUACUAAAUAAAUUUGUAGUAUUUUCCAUAUCUGAUACAAUUAGUUGUACAUGGACUGAGCUUCCGCCCUGCAAAUGACGCUAUUCGAAUUCGAAUCCGUCUUCUUGAGACUUCUGGCAA